AUGGAUUCACAUCCAUCAAUGAGCAUUGACCGAUUAAUUUCAGCUGCCAAGUUUAUUGAGCAGGCCAAUUCCAUUCUUCAACGAAAUGCAUUGGAUCAAGAGGACGACUGUCGUCUAAAUUCAACGAUCGGAAAGCAACGUGUACUACCGCGUCGUUCGUUCCUAAAAGCCUCAACGUCUGAAGCUGAUCAUCACCCACCGAACUCACGUUCAACCUUUAGUCUAGCACCGUCACCCUACGCAACAACUGCAAACGCUGCACCUCGUCAUAGUCGGUACGAAAAUUCAUCACUUUAUGCAUGCGUUGAUUCAUCAUCGUUCACGUGCUCUGCACAUGAUUUAUUACCGCAUGAUAGAGGGCCAUUCCAUAUCGAUCACGCAAUGUGUUCAGUAGCUGACAGUAAUGUGUUUGGUAAUGCUUGCAGAGCGGCUCAUAAUGAACUCGAGAAAACCAGACGUGCCAAUCUACGUGGUUAUCUGGACAAAUUGAAGAGUAUUAUACCAGCCAGUUGUGAAAGUACGCGUUAUACAACGCUAUCAUUACUUACACAAGCUCGUGACUACAUUAUGGAUCUCCAAGAAAGAACGCAUAAGGCGGCCGAGGAAAGAAGCCGUCUGAAACAACGUCGGUUAGAACUUCAAGCUCUCAUUGAGAAAGCACGAAACGGCGCCGACAGUAGAGCAGCGAUACGUCCUGAGAGCGCAAGCACCAUCUCAGCAAUCGACGAAAAUGAAGAACGUUUUUCAACCAGUCCAGUCUACCUUGAAUAUAGUCCAUCAGCUAAACCAGCGUUAUCGGAUGGUGGAUCGUCGCCGCCAACAAGUGCCUUAAUUCGCACCCCUCCCGUUGACCCUUACCUCGAUGGUCUUCUGCCUGCGUUGCCGUUAUUCUAUCCUCGCAUCUCACUUUAUCCCUACCUCGAUAUCAAGACACAUCCGAUUGUUUCAUCUUUUUCGAAUAACUCAACUUUGCUACCCGUUCCAAGUGCUGUGCUGUGA